UGAGGUAGACGAUACACCAGUAGGUAGAGCUGCUGGCAGGUAGUAGAUACUGUAGCAGCUUUGAAGGAAGCUCUAAUUCGCUCACUCGGUAGUUGAGAGCUAGUAUAAUUUCGCAAAUGGAGGACGUGUAUUUGCUGGACAACUGGCGAAAGGAUCUUCAUGUGUCAGAGGGCAUGAUCGACAACGCAGUGGAUAUGGACAGUCUGAACAGGAACUUGCCUGAACGCGGAUGGCAGACCCAUAAGGUGUUACAGAGCACGCCACUGGAUCUGUUUGAGAGUGGCAAGGCGCUGAAGGUCCAGGCAGAGCGCCCCCAUCUGGUCAGUCUGGGCAGUGGCCGUCUCAGUACGGCCAUCACACUGCUGCCCCUUCCCGAAGGUAGGACCACGUUGGGCCAUGGGGCGAUGGACAUCAGCAUCCAGGGCCCAGGAGUUGCCGCCCAGCACUGCUACAUAGAGAACCGGGCAGGGAUCAUCACUCUCCACCCUUGUGGGAACCAGUGUGCCAUAGACGGGCUUCCUGUCACCAAACCGGUCUGCCUGUCACAAGGCUGUAUGCUGUGUUUUGGCCAGUCGGCUUUUUUCCGCUUCAACCACCCAGAGGAGGCGUUCAAGAUGAAGAGCAUGAUGCCAGGGGGAAGCAGGGGCUCCGGUGGGAACUACAGAAUCCACUCAGAUACAGAGGGCCUGGUCAAUGGGAACCAUCAGUCAGGAGCGUCCCAGUCGCGCCACUCAGCCCCCGGGGAGAGAGACUCCCGCUCCGAGCAUAGUGCCAUCGUCAGCUCCAUCGAAAAGGACCUGCAGGACAUCAUGGACUCACUAGUCAUGGAUGAUCCCCAGCCUCCCUCUUCAGACCACCCCAUCCCCCACUCCCCGCUGUCCCCCAUGGUCAAUGGAGGAGGCCGAUACCUCCUCUCCCCUCCCACCAGCCCAGGAGCCAUGUCGGUCGGCUCCAGCUAUGAGAACACCUCCCCACCCUUCUCCCCCCUGUCCUCUCCCUCGGCGGCCAGCAGCGCAGGCAGCUACACCAGCCCUUCUCCCAGCGGCUGCCUGGACCCCCAGGACCCAUCCCUGCCCCCCGUGCCGGUCCGCUCAUCCAGCUACAACUACACAACUACACCACCCAUCCCCCAGCCAAGGACCACACUGACCAACUACAGCCCUGGCGGCGGUGGUGCAGAGGGUUCCUGAGGCCCUAAGCACCAGAGGAAAGGUCUCCUGGAGGCCCCCCAGAGCCCCAAGCCAGCCCGCAGAGGUCAGAGCCUGGAUAACCCAGGUGGGGUGGGUUCAGAGAGCCCUAGACUGACCCACCUAUCUGUUGCCUCAGCCGAUGCCGGGUACAUGGGAAGGAACGCAGUGCCAAGUAGCCCCAGAUUCACGGCCAAGUUCCCCUACACCUCCUCCUCACCAUCCAGUCCCAGGACGAAAGCGGGCACCAUCCUCCAGGAGCGCCCGGCCAGCCCCUUCAGAGAGCAAGCGGACCACUCCCUCACCUCCAGCCCUUCCAGACAGCUGCUAUCCCAGCACAGCAGGGCCUUUCAGCCUCCCCUGGACCCAAUCGUCCACAUCAUCCAGGGGGGCUCUCCACUCCAGCAGCACCACCCCUUCCCCCACCCCCGCACACUGCAGCCCCCAGAGAGCCCUCGACUGUCUCGCAGGAACCUUGAGCUCAGCAGCGGGGGUAGCAGCAUGAAGGAGCUCCCUCCUCUCAGCCCCUCCAUGGCUCGCAGAGGGGUGCCUGUUCUCCCAGGGGCUCUCCCUGGAAGUAUCCCCACAUUGAGAACACCUGAGAGCCCAUCAUCAUCAGGGAAGUUGGGAGUCCCGGAGAGCCCCAGGCUCCAACGCAAGGCCGAGUCCCCCGCGGGGGACCAGUUUGGCGGCAGUGUGGUUCGAGCCCGUAGCCCCUCCCCCACCUCAGGGUUGAUGAUGAUGGAGAGCGGGGAAGGGGGGAUGAAGGCCAGCUUUGGAAAUGCCCUCUCCCCAGCGUACAGCCUGGGCUCUCUGCCUGGCUCCUCUCCUCUCGCCAGCCCCAGGGGCCAUAGGAAGAUGUCUGGGGGCCCCCGGGAUCUGAGGGGCCCCCACCCGGGCAUGCGGGAGCGCAAAAACAGCAUCUCUGAGAUCAGCGACAACGAGGACGAGCUGUUGGAGUACCACCGGCGUCAGAGAGAGGAGAGGCUCAGGGAGCAGGAGAUGGAGAGACUGGAGAGGCAGAGGCUGGAGACCAUCCUGAACCUGUGUGCUGAGUACAACAAGGGCGACGGGCCCUUGGGGGGUGAGGCAGAGGGGAGGAUGGGCUUCCCUGGGGGUCUGGGACCGGGGGAGGGGGCGGCCAGGAGACCCUCUAUGGACAGCUUGGCAGGGUCCAGCUCGCUGCGUCGUAGCAUGGCCCAGAGACAGCAGAGGGAGAGUGACGAGGAGAACCUCAAGGAGGAGUGCAGCAGUACAGAGAGCACCCAUCAGGAGCAUGAAGAGCAGUCUGUUUCUGGCGGCGUGGAGCGGGCAGAGCUGGGUUACCUGGAGGACGAGAGGGUCAGAGUGCUGGCCCGAGUCGACGAGCUCAAAUCACGGAUUAUAGAGCUGGAGCAACAGCUACAGGAGUCCAAGCAGGAGGCGGAGAUGGAGCGGGCCCUGCUACAGGGGGAGAGGCAGGCGGAACUGGACCAGAUGGAGGCAGAGACGGAGAUCAUCAGACAGCUGCAACACAAGCGCAAGGAGCUGGAGAACACCAUCCAGAGGGAGAAAGACAAGGAGGGCGAGACCCUGGAGUCAGAGACAAAACAGUUUGAGGACCUGGAGUUCCAGCAGCUGGAGAGAGAAAGCAGCCUGGAGGAGGAGAGGGAGACCAUCAGCCAGCAGCUGCUGCAGGAGAGGGCCGAGUACCACACCAGCGUGGCCAAGAGGAAGGACAAGGUGGCAGCUCUGGAAGGCCAGGCCAGUCAGCUGGGACAGCAGGCGUCUCAGGAGUGUGACAAGCUGGCUAAGGACAGGAACCUUACCCUGCAGAUGCUCCAUAAGGAGAAAGAGAGACUAUCGGCCCUGGAGAAGAGGUACCUCAGCCUUACUGGAGGAAGGACUUUCCCUAAGAGUUCCAGCACCAUGAAAGAGGAGUACAUGAAGCUCUCGGAUGUCUAUAGGAUGUAUGGGAGAGAUUGCCAUGACACCCAACUCACCACUACUGCUCAGCACGGCCUCUCGCUCAUCCUAGACACAGCUGCCCCCUGCGAGGAGUAUUUGACUGUGGGCCAGUUAACUCAGAUCUUUGGGAUGCCGAAGGUCGAGUCCUCCCCUACCUCUCCUCUCCGGCCCCUCCAGUCAGGAGCGGGAGACCCUGCCUUCUCCUGCCUCUCCGUUCCUCACGGUUCCUCCCCCUCUCUCUCUACCUAUUUAAAACUACCAGAUCCUCUUAUUUGCUCAUUAAUGCUUUGUUUUCUUAUUUCUCUUCCUCCUCCACUCCCUUGCUCUGUCCAUCCUGUCCUUUGCCUCUCUGCUGUCCAUCCUGUCAUUUGCCUCUCUUACUGUGGACUCUUCACUGCGGCCCUCCAGUACCAGCCUGAGCGCAGUAGGCCUCAAAUCCCCACUCUCGAUUUAGAGCAGUGGUACCAGGAGGUGAUGGCUGCUGGGGUGAGCAGCCAUCUCUGCCCCCCUCUCCCAGCUAAAUCUCUCUCCCCUCGCAGGCCUAUGCAGGUGUUCCGCUCCAAGCUGGACAGUGAUGCUGGACAGACGGUAAAUCAACCCAAAGCAGGCUCCGGAUCCCAUCUGCAGUGUGGAGCUGCCACACUGGGACGCAACACAACCUCCAAGAGCCCACUGAUGGUUCCCAACAGUACCGGCAGUUUGCCACGGAACUUGGCUGCCACCAUGCAGGACAUAGAGACCAAGAGAGCGCUAGCCUUACAGCAGAAAGGCCACCAGGUGAUCGAGGAGCAGCGGCGUCGAUUGGCUGAGCUGAAGCAGCGGGCUGCAGUGGAGGCCCAGUGCCAGUGGGAUGCGCUCCACGGCUCUCAGACCCACCUCAACACCCAGUAUGCCCCUUCCCAUGCCCAAGGCCCUCCCAUGGUGCACCACUCCAUCCUGCACCACCAGCCGCCACCGGCGGGCGAGCAGCCAUACGACACACUGAGUCUGGAGAGCUCUGACAGCAUGGACACCAGUGUCUCCACCGGCAACAACUCAGCCUGCUCCCCCGACAACAUGUCCAGUGCCAGUGGGAUGGACGCGCUGAAGAUCGAGGAGAUGGAGAAGAUGCUGAAAGAAGCCCACCUAGAGAAGGCCAGGCUCAUAGAAUCCAGAGAGCGUGAGAGCCAUGCCCGUAGGCAGAUGCUGGAGGAGGAGAGGAGGCGGCGCGAGGAGGCUGAGAAGAGGCUGCAGGAGGAGACGGUGCACAGGCAGCAGCUGGUGGAUAAGGAGGUGAAGAUGAGAAGCAAGAACUUCUCCCAGGCCCGUCCUAUGACUCGUUACCUGCCCAUCCGCAAGGAGGAGUUUGACCUGCGCUCCCACAUCGAGUCAUCCGGCCACAACGUGGAGACCUCUCACCACGUGAUCCUCACAGAGAAGAUGUGCAAGGGUUACCUGGUCAAGAUGGGCGGCAAGAUCAAGUCGUGGAAGAAACGCUGGUUUGUCUUCGACCGCCUCAAAAGGACCUUCUCCUAUUACGUUGACAAGCACGAGACCAAACUGAAAGGAGUCAUCUACUUCCAGGCCAUUGAAGAGGUCUACUACGAUCACUUGCGUAUCGCCACGAAGAAAGGAUUUUUCAACCUCAAUUUGGCCAAUCACUUUUCUGAGCUCCUGCCUCCUCAGUUUCGAAGAGAGAGCCCCAAUCCCUCGUUGACCUUCUGUGUGAAGACUCAUGACAGACUCUACUACAUGGUGGCCCCUGCCCCGGAGGCCAUGAGGAUAUGGAUGGACGUUAUAGUAACCGGAGCCGAGGGCUACACACAGUUCAUGAACUAAUACUGGAGACUUGCGUACGUUGACAUAAGGAGACUGUUUCGGCAGGAACACUUCAAGAGAUUCAGGCCUUUCCUUCUAGCGCCUCUCCCAAUAUUGGGAAAUUGCCUUUUUAUUUUGUUAAGUUCAUUAUAUCUAUUUUUAAAAUUCACGUCUCUCACUUCACUAUAUACAUUUUUUCUCCACUGGUUUUUCUACUUGCUUCUGCCCACUCAUUAAAAAAGGGAGCCCUGGAAGAGACACACACACACUGUAUAUAACCAAACGACAUAACUGUCAGACUUUCUGCUCAAAAGCCUUUCUAUAUUGCCAAAUGGAGAUCUUGUUUUAGUUAGUCUCUUGCGUGAGACCUAUUUUGUGUAUCAGUAAAUGUCUUUGAUAGUUUUUUUUUCUUUCUUUUUUUUUUUACACACGUGGAAUAUUGCCAAAUGACAUAACAAUGGUUUCAAACAGAUGGUCGUUUUUAUGGAAUGUUUCAAAAAGAAUACAAAGGCAUUUGCCCAAAUCUACUUAAGUUUAUCAGUGAGUGAAAGAUGUAAAUCAUUUAAGAAAUGCUUUAAAAGAAAUUCUAUUGAAAAUGGAGAAAACCGAAUUGAAAUCAGUAAGACCAUGACACAACACACCAACUCAGGAGUCCAUACUUAAUUUAAGUUCCACAGAUGAAACUAGAUCUUGAUCCAUCUCUGUGAUCUUACUUUACUGAACUAGAUUCCACUGUGUCCGUCUUACACUACUCCUAAAGACACACACAGUCUGUUUGCCAAGUCCUGAUAACUUGACCCCUUGCGUAAGCAGCCAUUCCAUCACUGCCAGCCUACAACACCAGGAGAUCUAGGGACUACAUAAAUGAGACAACAGUACAUGUCAUUAUAAAAUUGCUAAUCAUUCUGUGCCUUGAUGUGUCGUAAUACUCCUAGUCUGUAACUGUUGAUCAUGCUGGUUUACAAUCUUUGUUAACAGUAUCAGAAUUCAACAGACUUGCAUGGGGAAGGGAGAUGGGAGUCUGACUGCUGUUUUGAUGCAGCAAUACACAAGUACAUGCGAACAGUAACAUUCCCUGAAUUCCAAGUUCCAUCCCCCACUGCAUCCUACGCUCUUGUGUUGAUCUGAGAUGAUUGGUAAAGAGGUGGUAGCUACAUAUGGCUCUCUGAUACGCAAUGUGGAAUUGUCGCCAUAUACUAUUGCUUACACAGAUCUACACAAGUGCACAGGGUAUAUGGGCUUGUUUUCAGACUCAGGGUGCAUUUAAGCUUUAAUAGAACGUCAAAUGAUCUGGUAGCUUGACAAAUCAUUGUAAAGGACUCGGACAGGCGACACGAUCACAUUUAUAAAUCACCAUCUGAAUAUCUUUUUAAAGAAGACUAUGCUGUGAUUUUGAACAUGUAAACCUGGGUGUUUCGGUUUAUUGAGAAGCCUUGUGAAAUGUAGUUCUCUUCUUCUAUUUAUGGUUAACCUGCCUGAGAUACAGUAGUACUGUAAACUGUCAAGAAGAGGAAAAAAGACUAGUGAGAAAAGACCUUAAUAUAUUUUCCUGUUUAUUUUUUCCCCACACCGAAAUGGGUGCAACCAAAUAUUCAGCAUUGACCAGAGGUAUAUCAUAGUGUUAUAUAAAAAAAAGAUGCCUGUAUGAAAAUGUAAAUUUACUCAUCAUUCAACCAGUAUUGUAUAAAAAGCAAUUUACUUGUUUUUGUCAUUUCAAAAGAAUGGUCAGAAUACACUUCAGUAUACUUAAAAGAACACUCACAGGGUCACACAACUGUCUACACUCCCUCAACACCGUGUAGAACAUCUCUCACACCAUCUUCAGACUAUAUUAUGUUGACGGUACACUGUUUUAUACGGCACUUUCAUGUAUGGAUUGUAUGGAUAUUGUCAGAUCUAUUAAAACAGAAAUGUUACUGUAAGUCUGGUUUGAAAUCA